AGGACUCUCAACCACUGCGCCACCAGGGAAGCCCACAAGGUCUCUCACUGUUGUGACCUCUCCCAUUGCAGAGCACAGGCUCUGGACGCGCAGGCUCAGCGGCCAUGGCUCACGGGCCCAGCUGCUCCGCGGCAUGUGGGAUCUUCCCGGACCAGGGCCUGAACCCACAUCCCCUGCAUCGGCAGCCAGACUCUCAACCACUGCGCCACCAGGGAAGCCCAUUUCUUGAGAUGAACUAUAUGUGAAGAUUGGUGAAAGGGAACAUUGAUUUCUGAAGUAGCCUGGAGAGGAAAAGCACUGCUCAAUAUCAAGUGGACAAAUGCUUGGUGUUUUCCAAAGACGCUGUUGAAGUAGUCUUUGCUACUGCUUUCCUUGACUCAGUCAAAGCUCUCCAUAACAUGGGCUGCAUGAAAUCAAAGCAAACUUUCCCAUUUCCCACCACACUCGAGAGUGAGAAGAGGCAUGAGAGUGAAGAAAACUUUAUGCCUGAAGAGAGACUUCUACUCAGGAUGCCUUCUCUAGUUAAUGUCAAAGAGGAAGUGAAGGAACCCCUAGGGCCUGAAAUUGUGGUCUUUGAAUUUGCACACCGCCUGUCCCAGGAAAUCUUGAGUGAUGCCUUGCAGCAGUGGGCUGGCAACCACCUCAAGUACUAUGACAUCCCAUAUAUUGAGAGUGAGGGGCCUUGACGCUGUGUGUAGGAUGAUGACACUUUCUCCAACUGUGGAUAAAGUUGGUGCUAGUUUAAAUACAUGAAACAACAGCAAAAA